GAUGUGUAGUAUAUAAACCGCGACCACGGCGGCAGGAAGCAUCUGAGUCUUCCAAUAAUCACAUUACAAAGAUUGCAAUUGUAGUGAAAACAUGGCUUCGUCCCUCAUAGCUGUCAUUGCCGUUUUGGCGAUUAAUGUAUCCCUGGUCCUCGGAUGGGGUUACCGCGCAUCCGACCAGAGACGCUGGGCUGUCCUGCACCCGGCGUGCGGCGGCCGUCAGCAGUCCCCCAUUGCCAUCGCAGCGCGGCAGGCAAUCCCCAUAUCUAUUCCGGCCAUGGAGCUCAUCGGAUACCAAAACCCUCUGCCUGGACCUUUGACUAUAACUAACAAUGGACAUUCAGUGGCCUUAACCAUACCCAAAUACAGCUCAGAAGAAGAAAAGAAAGGCUUCCGCCUGCCUUACAUAUUCGGUGGUCCUCUGGAUAAUGAGUAUGAGAUCGAAGGUCUUCACUUCCACUGGGGAGACAAGAACAACCGCGGCUCGGAGCAUACUCUCAACGACAUGCGCCUGCCUUUAGAGAUGCACAUUAUCCACAGGAAUAAGAAAUAUAGGAACUUGGCUGAAGCUCUGCAGCAUCCUGAUGGUCUUUGCGUUCUUGCUUUCUUUUACCAGGUCGUAGAAUUCGACGCCAAGCUCCUUACCCCAAUCGUGAAGAACCUGUCGGCAAUCGAGAACUACAACACGAGCAUGCAGCUGCCCCAUACUUUCUCCCUCUCAUCCAUCCUCUCGGGGCUGGACACUGAGCGUUUCUACACGUACAAGGGCUCUCUCACUACCCCGCCUUGCGCUGAAGCCGUCACAUGGGUCGUAUUCUCGGACUACCUGCCGAUUUCCGUGUUCCAGAUGGACAACUUCCGUGGUCUCCUCUCCAACCUGAACCUCCCUCUGGUGGACAACUUCAGGCAACUGCAACCACUCUUCGGGCGCAGGAUCUUCGUCCGCAUUACUUCCAAGAAUCCCAAGUUCAAGAAGACCAAGCUCCACUACUCCAAAUGGGACUGGGUUGGCCACAAGAAAGCCGAAAAUGACGUCGCUGAAUUCGACGAAUAAAUAGUUCCAAAUAUUAUAAAUCUACCGCUACGGGUAUAUUCUACAAAUGAUACCAAAUAUUGUCUCUCAUAUAUGGUUGUGUGCACUGUGUUAUAUUUGUAUAUAUGUGUGAUAUCAUGUAAGUUUGUUAAUCUUUAAAUAAUAAAUAAUUAAAUAAA